UGUCAUCGUCAUUAUUAUUUUCGUGUCUAAUUUUUCAUUUCUCUGUUAUCCCUCGAAUUUCCCAGCUCCCACUUUCUCCUUCUCCCCCAAUUCGUACGCUUCCGAUUUCACCUUCCCUUCGAUAAAUUAAUUAAUUUAGGGUUACCGCUUUGAUUUUCCUUUUCUUUGUUCCGUUCAUUGGAUUCAAUUUGUCUUUUUGAGUCACCGUUUCUGAGCAGCCUCCCAUUCUUGCUUGCAAACGGAGGAACGCCAUGGGAGGUGAAGGCGCUGUGGAGGACUCCAAGGCCAACACCACCGAGGGAGGAGGCGGUGGAGGAGGAGUCAACAUCAACAUUCGGUGCUCGAACGGUUCAAAGUUCUCCGUUUCAAUUGGUCUAGAUUCCACCGUCGUCUCCUUCAAGGAGGUUGUGGCUCGCAGUUGUGACAUACCUGCUAACCAACAGCGCCUGAUUUACAAAGGUCGCAUCCUCAAGGAUGAUCAAACUCUCCAGAGCUACGGUUUGGAGGCAGACCACACUGUCCAUUUGGUUCGUGGCUUUGCGCCUUCAGGUGCUGGUGGUGGGACCAAUAGUACUGGUGCUAACAGCACAGCUAAUACGAGAGGUGCCGGUGCUACUGAGGGUGGGGGCUUAGGUGCUUCACCAUUCCCUGGGUUAGGACUCAAUGGGAUGGGGGGCAAUGGCCUUGGUGGCUUAUUUGGAGCGGGCUUUCCUGAUCUUGAACAGAUGCAGCAACCAUUCUUGUCGAAUCCCAAUAUUGUGAGGGAAAUAAUGAACACACCUGCCAUGCAGAAUUUAAUAAAUAAUCCCGAGAUAGUGCGGAAUCUUAUAAUGAAUAACCCACAGAUGCAAGAGCUCAUGGAUCGAAACCCUGAGCUAGCACACAUCCUUAAUGAUCCCAGCACACUUCGCCAAACACUUGAAGCUACAAGGAAUCCUGAGAUCAUGCGCGAAAUGAUGAGGAAUACGGACAGAGCAAUGAGCAACAUUGAAUCCUCUCCUGAGGGAUUCAACAUGCUGAGGCGUAUGUACGAAAAUGUUCAAGAGCCCUUUCUAAAUGCCACUACAAUGACUGGUAAUACAGGAAAUGAACAAGUUAGGAACCAAGCGACAAAUCCCUCAACUACUAGUUCUGAUGCAACUUCCCCCGUGCCCAAUACUAACCCACUUCCCAAUCCUUGGUCAUCUGCUGGGACUGGAGGUGCCCAAAAUACCACUAGAAGAUCAACUACUGGUGCGGAUGCUCGGCAGCAGACACCACCCACUGGCUUAGGAGGGGCUGGUCUGCCCGAUCUUGAUGGUAUGUUGGGUGGCAUGCCAGAUUCUGCUUUACUCACACAGUUAAUGCAAAAUCCAGCUAUUUCACAGAUGAUGCAAAGUAUCCUCUCCAAUCCGCAGACUAUGAAUCAGAUUCUUGGAGUCAAUGCUGAGCAGCGUGGCAUGCCUGAUUUAAAUUCUCUCAGAGAAGUGAUGCAAAACCCAGAAUUUCUUCGUCUAUUUUCCUCACCAGAGACCCUGCAGCAACUUAUGUCUUUCCAGCAAGCUCUCUUGUCCCAGCUUGGUCAGCAACAAUCAACACAGGAACCAGGUCAAACAGGUGGAGGCCCUGGAUCGAUGAACAACUUGAGUUUGGAAAUGCUAUCGAGCAUGUUUGGCGGACUUGGAGCUGGCAGCCUAGCUGUUCCAAACAGAUCAAAUGAACCACCUGAGCAGCUGUAUGCUACCCAACUUUCGCAGCUGCAAGAGAUGGGAUUCUUCGACACGCAAGAAAACAUAAGGGCUCUUAUUGCCACGUCGGGGAAUGUUCAUGCAGCUGUUGAGCGCCUUUUGGGGAACUCUGGACAGUAGCAGGUGGGAACGGACACGAGACUAGCAAUUAAAUCCCAAAUGCUAAAAAUUGGUGUGAGAUAUUAAUCAAUUUCGCUUCUAUUUUCGUCAUGGGAAUUGUUUUAAACAAAUCUGUUGAUUUUUUCCCCUUAUACAUGAUUUAUAGAAUGUAGUAGGAUUUCCAAUACUUACAUUUUUUUAAUUAUACAUUCACAUGCAAGAAAGUACCGGCCUUUUGUACCAUAUACGUAUAAUUCCAACUUGGGUUAUUUUCAAGUA